AUGUCAAACCGCGCGCCUGCGGCGUGCACGACGUUCGACGCACAACAGCUAGGCCUUGCAGACGCGCAACCGAUCGGUUCUGGUGCUGUCUCGCACGUGGUGCGCAGCACGCUCAGCUUUCCGCACCGCACCCCUAUAGCAGUGAAGAUACUUUCCAAGGUGCAGCUGCUGCAGCAGAGCAAGGUGCAGUCGGCGAUGAACGAGAAGCGGGUCCUUGUGGAGAUGGGACCGCAUCCCUUCAUCGCCCGCCUGUAUGGCACUAGUCAGUCGACUGAUGAGCUGUACUUCGUCAUGGAGUACCUUCCGCAUGGGGACUUGCUAGAGCACAUCCGCACGCGCGUCGCGCGUCGCACAGCUGUUGGUCUGACGGAAGAGGCCGCAUUGACUACGAGCCUGCAGCGUGGAACUUCACACUCAAAUAUGUCAAUCCCCUGCUUGGACUUCCAUGACAUUCAGCUUAUCACGGCACAGAUUCUCGUUGGACUCGCGCACGUCUUCGCCAAGGGCUUUGUGCUGCGCGACCUCAAGCCAGAGAAUAUCGCAUUCGACAGUAAGUACCGUGUGUGUCUUCUCGAUUUUGACACUGUGGACGUGGAAGGAAUGACGCAGCUGCCGCAUUCAAACAAAGGAGUUGCGCUGUGCAAUGGAUCCACAAGGGAAAAAAUGGGCGAACCGAAGCGCCGCCUCACUGUCUCUUCCAUACAAUCGAUGCGUAAAAUGACAGCUCACUUCUGCGGUACGGCACAGUACGUAUCACCUGAAAUGAUUGGGCAGUGCAAGUGGAGCUACAGCAGUGAUCUCUGGGCUUUGGGGACAAUAGUGUACGAGAUGGUGUACGGCACGCACAUGUUCCCAGGAUGCAAUACGUUUGCGGUGAUGAAGCGUGUAGUAGCUGGCGUGCAGUGUGGAGAAGUCCCGUUCCCGCAAGUCGAUCUUGGCCCGGAGACAGACGCGUUUGAGCGUGUCAAGGACUUCAUCCUCAAGCUAUGUUGCACAGACCCCACCCAGCGGCUGGGCGUGGACCCUGAGACAGGGCUGUUCGACGAAGAGGCGGUGCGACGGCACCCGUUAUUUGGCGACUUCUCCUGGGAAGUCCUGGAUGAGCACGUGAAGAGCUACCGGCCGCCUGUUGUGAACCCACCAGCGGCAGGAGCAACAACGGCGAAGAAAACGAUAGAAACAGCAGCAACAGAACCGGUGGGAUUAGCAUGUGGGCCUGCCGCAUUAGGCCCACUUCCACCGCAGGUGCUCGAUGAUGGCACCGCGUCAUUAGAAUCGCACUACCAUACUCUCCCUGUGCAUGAUCCGGAGUACGCCAGGUACGUGUUUGCGGCGACCGCCGAUGCUAACCCGUUUGAGCAGUGGGCGCGGGCGGCAUCGGGUGACACGCGUGGCGACGGCGCGCAGGAGACGUCGUCCCAUGAAGGGGGCUGCAAAUGUGGUGCGUCUGAAAAUUCUGAUGAUGCCCGGGUGGACGCCAACGACGAGGAAUCGGAUGUGAUUGACGAUGUCGGGGUGAGGUUUUUUGGCAACGUUCACCCGGACUUUGCGGACGUCGUAUAA